CGCCGUUUCUCUCGUCUCACUGGCGCCUGUCCCCUCUUUACGGCAGAAACCUACCUUACCUUACCUAGGACGCCUUUGAGACUCUGAGAAUCACUUUUACGUCUCUUUCGAGUCCUCCGCCUUUCCACCCAUCUUGCAGUCCUAAAAUACCGCCCUCGACCCCUUCGCUGGACGCUCUGGACUAGGGCCACAUCUGAUACCCAGACUCCCCUGUUCGCCAGAUUUCAGAUUGCCCCAAUGGCUGCCGCUGCCCGUACCAUCCGCUUGGCUACACGCCUCACGGCCGUACCCCGCCCCCUCAUUGCCCGUGCCGUUCUGCCCAGCAGCUUCGCUCAACGUGCUGCCUUCUCCCUUUCGGCCCGGCGCCUCAAGUCGGAGGUUAUCAAGGAAACCGAGAUCCCUGUUUCGGUUUACACCCCCGACUCCAAGGGUGUUGCCUCUUCCAGCUCGGACCACUUCAGCAUUCCGGUCAAAAGAAUCCCCGAGCCCUUGGAAGAAGAGGAUGUCGUCGUUCCUCUCAACGAGAAUGUCUUUAGACAGAUGCCCCAAACACUCCAGAAGAUGAGCGUCAUGGGGAAAGUCAUCAUUAUCACUGGUGGUGCUCGGGGACUUGGAAAUCACAUGGCUCGCGCUUGCGCUGAGGCCGGUGCCAAGGCCAUUGUCAUUUUUGACGCGAACCAGGACCUUGGAGAUGAGAGUGCGGCUGAGCUUCAUCAGAAGACAGGCCUGCCAGUUUCGUUCUUCAAGGUUGACGUCCGUGAUGGCAAUGCAAUCAACGCCGCCGUCCAGAACGUGGUGGAUCUUUACGGCACUCCCGAUGUUCUUGUGAACUCGGCGGGCAUCGCCGACUCCAACAUUAAGGCUGAGACUUACGACCCAGCAAUGUUCCGCCGUCUAAUCGACAUCAACCUAACGGGCUCUUUCUUGAUGUCGCAAGCAGUGGGUCGCGCGAUGAUGGCUGCCGGCAAACCUGGAUCCAUCAUUCUAGUGGCGUCUAUGUCGGGUACGGUUGUCAACUAUCCCCAGGAGCAGUCCUGCUACAACGCCUCCAAGGCUGGCGUCAUCCAGCUUGGCAAGUCGCUCGCUGCCGAGUGGGCCAAACAUAGCAUCCGCGUCAAUUGCAUCUCCCCUGGCUACAUGGACACUGCACUAAACAAAGUGCCUGCUUUGGAUGCCCAGAAGAAGAUUUGGAGGUCGUUGACUCCCCAGGAUCGCCUGGGCGCAGUUGAUGACCUCAACGGACUUUGCGUCUUCCUGGCGUCCGAUGCCUCUGGCUUCAUGACAGGCUCCAACGUCAUCAUUGAUGGCGGAUACACGCUCUACUGAGCCAGGCACACGAGUCUGGCUCGGAAAACGCUCGACAAACGGCAUUUUUGGUUACUAAUGAUACCAGAGGGACGUCUGUACGCAUUCUGUCAGUCAGAAGGAUACGAACGGCGCAAUUGUUUUGCAUGAAAGCCCUGAACUGGGUGGUAACGAGGCUUUCAUAUACCCAGUGAGGGCGAGGGUUUAAUGUGUCACCGAGAGUUUUAUUUUACAGCGGUGCUUACAUCU